AGAAGUAAGGAAGCUUUUCCUCAGAAGACAACUUUCCCACCACACUGACUAGGCCGUUCUUUAGCUUUCCUCCUCCCAGCUCCAACAUUCUGUAAGCUCAGGAGAGGCCCUCAGGAUGUCGACAGUGAAGGAGCAACUUAUCGAGAAUCUGAUCGCAGAAGACAAGGCCUCCCAGUGCAAGAUCACCAUCGUCGGGACUGGUGCUGUGGGCAUGGCUUGUGCUAUUUGUAUCUUGCUGAAGGAUUUGGCUGAUGAGCUUGCCCUUGUGGAUGUUGCGGAGGACAAACUGAAGGGAGAGACGAUGGAUCUUCAACAUGGCAGUCUCUUCUUUAGUACUUCAAAGAUUACAUCUGGAAAAGAUUACACUGUGUCUGCAAAUUCCAAAUUAGUUAUUGUCACUGCAGGUGCAAGGCAGCAGGAGGGAGAAGGUCGCCUUGCUCUGGUCCAACGUAAUGUGACUAUCAUGAAAUCCAUCAUUCCUACAAUUGUCCGUCAUAGUCCUGACUGUAAAAUGCUUAUUGUUUCAAAUCCAGUGGAUAUUUUGACAUAUGUGGUCUGGAAGAUAAGUGGCUUACCUGCCUCUCGUGUCAUUGGAAGUGGCUGUAAUCUUGACUCUGCUCGUUUUCGUUAUCUAAUUGGGGAGAAGUUGGGUGUCCAUCCCACAAGCUGCCAUGGCUGGAUUAUUGGGGAACAUGGUGAUUCUAGUGUGCCCUUAUGGAGUGGGGUGAAUGUGGCCGGUGUUGCUCUGAAGUCCCUGCACCCUAAAUUAGGAACUGACUCAGACAAGGAACAGUGGAAAGUUAUUCAUAAACAAGUUGUUGAAAGUGCCUAUGAGAUUAUCAAACUGAAGGGGUACACCUCCUGGGCUAUUGGACUGUCUGUGACAGAUCUGGCAGGAUCAAUUUUGAAAAACCUUAGGAGAGUGCAUCCAGUUUCCACUAUGGUUAAGGGCUUAUAUGGGAUCAAGGAGGAAAUCUUUCUGAGCAUCCCUUGCAUCCUGGGGCGGAAUGGUGUCUCGGACAUCGUGAAGGUGGCCUUGAGUUCCGAGGAGGAGGCGCUGUUUAAGAAGAGCGCCAGCACGCUCUGGAACGUGCAGAAGGACCUGGUGUUUUAAAGGCCCUCACCGUCUGCCGCCCAUCAGCCAGGCACUCAGCACACCAUGUAUCUCACCUUUGGCAAACAUCUUUAUCCGA